AUGUCAGCCUCGUACUUGUUGUCGGCCGAGUCCUGGUCCGGACUGGCCCCAGCGUGGGCGAUUCUGACCUUACCGAGCAAUCUGGGACACGGAGCAGCCCUAUCAGCACACGCAGAUGGUCGCAUUCGGCUGUGGAUGCCUCUUCCCUCCGGCAAUGCUGCACUGCUUGCGUCAGUCCCACAUGCGAGCGCAAGAGGGGAGGAUGAAGCGCAACGAGGCACAGGAAUUGGCGUGGGCUUCUUGACUGGCCAUCAGCUGAGCAAAGAGGGUGAUGCUUGGGGAGUGCUCUCCAGUGCGAUGGAUGGAAGUAUUAGCUACUGGCGUCUUGAUCUUCAGAAACUACUUCAGGCUGGAGAGGAAGCUGUGCAUGGCGAUGAGCAAGGCGCCGCGAGUCAUCACUCACCGGCGACUGCACAACAGCGUCAAACCGACCUUCUCACUCCCGUAGCAAGCGUCGAGGCCCUGGCAGCUCCUUUUCCGAGCGGUGAAAAAGCGAUGGGUAAGUCGUUGACUAGUUGCGAUGCUCAUCUUUGACCUUUGGCGGAAGGGAGCUGACCUAGCAUUUGGGUUGCCUGCAGAGGCGUACGCUACCGCUCUAUCUCCCACCGGCGAGUCUUUCUCCGCGUCUGGAGAAGGGAUCAUCGGGAUGUACGAUCUUGGUCGAUCAGGUUCCGCUGCACAGGUCGCCAGUGACGAGUCGACAGCAUCGGGUAGCUUCGCACGUCCAAGAAGGCGAAUAGCUUUGCCAGAAAAGCCACGAAACUACACCAAAGAGAGGAAGAAUUUCGGAACAUGCCUAGCUUAUGUGAGUAUGUCCGCCGGGGCAGGAGAAGCCGUCUUUGCCAUGUCUAUGACCGCUCACCAAGUGCUGUGCUGUGGAACCUCGUGCGUAGAAUUCAAGCGGGAAUUUGCUAGCUUGCGGCACCGAUUCCGGCCAAGUCUUCGUCUACUCUGCGGAUGCAGGGACUUUGCUCGCAACAAUCUCUGGUUCGUGUAUGUUCCGAGCAAAAGUACGCGUACAUGAGCUGAGACAACAACUUUCACAUCAUAGAUCAUGCGCUGCCCAUUCGCUUCGUGUCUUUCUCCGCAUCAAUGCCAGGCAGUCCCACAACGGAUCACCUUCAUGUCUGUUCGGAGGAUCAAGCCUUGACACUACACGACGUCAUGCACCUUUCUAAUCGCGCGAUUGCUCUGCGCGCUCAACCGACCUCGGCGAUGGAUAUAGAUCAGGAGACGCAAGCCAGCACUGUAGUCGCCAACCUGCGCCAUCCCGGUUGGGUUACGAGUGCCGCGCAGGGCCCUCUCUUGGCAAGCACGUGAGUCAUUGCCAGCCCUCGAAAACCUUAUGCGGAGGUGAGGCUGACAGCCAGCUCUUCACAAAUCCUAGCUCAACGGAUGGAAGCGUGCGCUUGUGGGACACGGGCUCAGGUGGACCUCGUCGAAUGGUUGCUCAACUUCGCGAAGGCCCUAGAGUAUGGGCAUGUGCCUGGACAACCACUUUGGAGGCGCAGCAACGCGCCGGAAGAAGAGCACUGGACCGAGAUCAUAUUCCGAGUCUCACGUUGCUAUUGAGUGCGGGUGAAGAUGGAUGUGUCAGGUGGUAUAGACCUGCAGGUACGGGACAAGGUCCGGAUGGCACUUGAACAAUCAUCUGAUUGACCUCGAAUGCCCAUUUGAGUGUCGUCCUGCUUUGACUUCAGGCCGCCUCGAGCCGCCUGUCCUGCUGUAGUUGUGCAAGCACGUCUGCAGAAAGCUGCAAUGCUGUGAGCUCUCUUGCCUGGCGACCAAUUCAAGACGACAUCCAUUCAAGAUUGCGAUUGACUCUCUACUCCAGUCUUGAAGCCGCGAUCGCUAACGAGCACCGCCAGCCAGAUUCAGCCUCGAUCGUUAAUGCGCACCGCCAGCCAAAUUCAGCCUCGAUCGUUAAUGAGCACCGCCAGCUUCAUUCACAUCCAUGAAUAAAUCACCCUCUUCUGUCGAAUGGAGGGGUGUGUUCGAUUUCUGGCCGAGACACGCAGAGAUCACGUGACCAUCGGGUUGGAAAUGGGGCGACUGCCUCCAGAACACAAGUUGGAGUAUUUCGUGGCUCUGGCAAGGCUCUCUGAUCGUUUUCGUUGCGACGAAAAACACGUCGGUAUGCUCAAGGCCUAUGAUGAUGGCAGCCACUUCGGCUUUGUUGAAGAAGAUGUGCUCGGCAGUAGUUGGGUCCAGGCACUUGUAAACGCAGCGGAUGAGGCUGUUUGCGCCAAGCUGCGAAGUGCGACGAAACGCGCGUCUUGCCACGCUAUCGUGGCCCAAAUUUGCCCUGAACCCACGUCUUUCGUGUCUGAGACACGUGGCGAACAUGGCAAGGCGCGUCUGAUGAAGCGCGAACAGGCGCCGCUAAUCGUGUAUCAGCAUGAUCGUAGUUCCACAUAGCUGAUCAAAUGUGCAACCACGAAUCGUGAAGCCUAGACGUACGCACAUACGCAACUUCAUGGGGUGUUCAUCUUUGCGUUUGAUUCUUACAAAUGACAAUUCAGGAGGAAGCUCACAAAAAUGUGUGUCUGAGAGCGCACGCAUACCAGCGCAGCGGGCUGUCUAUUGAAGGUAGCGAUUAGACAAACUUGCUGGAAGUGACACGCAUGCGGGAAGCUUGAGCGUUGUUCAGCGGUGGCGCGUAAAGUUCGCGUCUGUGGGCGCGGCGCGCAUGGCGGAAGUUGGCUGCUGCGCUCAUGCUGGCGCGCUGGCUCUGUCUGCACUCCGAUGACUGCAGCGCGACUUUUGUCCUGCUGGCCAAUGCAUGCGAAGCGCGCGGCUGCGCGCGCGCCACGCUGAUGAUGAUGGUGCGGGCGCAGUGUGCCGCGCGUUGCCUGUAUGCUGCAGGUCUAAGCGCUUGAGCCCUCCCCUUGCCGCUUGCUGCUGGGUCUGGCCUCUGCCGACAGUGCCUGCUCUCGCCCGUACCUCGCAUGGCUGGUCAGAGCGCUCACUUCGCCUUGGCUUCGGUGGUCUCCCCCUCCUUGUGCUUAAUUACAUAGCGUCAAUCUGUCAAACCUACCACCAUUACACCUGCCCUUGCGACUUGCAUCAUAUUUGAGUCCAGCACCACCCAUUCGCUCUUCAGUCCCUACACCAAAAGUGAGUACACACACAGAAUUUGCGGUCGCACGUCUCCUGGGUUGGGGAAGAUGCGCUCUGCCGUGCUAGGAAGUUGAACAUGGAGGUGAUUGGAGUUCGACUGCUCUCACCGAAGAAGUGCCGUCAUCGCACAUCAAGUGUCGGCGUGCCAAUUCAGCUUCUCCUGGUCAAGAGAUGCUCAGCUCGCUACUGGCAAGCUGUUGUUCGCGCCCCGAAUGCGAUUGUCGCACGAGUCUGUCAGCGCUUCAGGACGUACAAGUCAUUGAUGCCAGAUCCCUUAUUCCGCACAGCUUCAAUCUUUCAAACCAGUAACAUCAUGUCUGAGACUCGAGAGGACUCCGUCUACCUCGCCAAGCUCGCUGAGCAGGCUGAGCGUUACGAGGGUGAGUGUAGUAAGCACUACAAAGGGAAGGGAGUCUGACCAGGCGGUAGCAGAUAAACAAUGGCGCGUGUAGGCCACCCCGUGGAUGGAGCCACAGCGAGCUUAGGUGACGCACAGGCGAGCACCUUUCAAUAGAGGCGAAUUUGGUCUCAUGAUCUGGGCGCCGUUUCUUGUUGAGCCCAGGACAGGACAGCUGACCUUACGUUGGACCGGCCCCACUCCGCAGAGAUGGUUGAGAACAUGAAGCGCGUCGCUUCUUCUGACCAAGAGCUCACUGUUGAGGAGCGAAACCUCCUCUCGGUCGCUUACAAGAACGUUAUUGGUGCCCGCCGUGCUUCCUGGCGCAUUGUUUCCUCCAUUGAACAAAAGGAGGAGAGCAAGGGCAACGAGACCCAAGUCACCAUGAUCAAGAAGUACCGCGAGAAGAUCGAGGCUGAGCUCGCUCAAAUUUGCGAGGACAUCCUUGACGUCCUCGACAAGCACUUGAUCCCCUCUGCCGCCUCUGGCGAGUCUAAGGUCUUCUACCACAAGAUGUGAGUUCAAUGCGACUUUUCAGCAGGGGAUGUCAGCAAUUCGAGGAAAUAGUUCAGGGCGAUUUAUGAGGCUGACUCGUCUUGGCUCUUGCGCCUUCUGUCGCUUUUGCAGGAAGGGAGACUACCACCGUUACCUUGCUGAAUUUGCCACUGGUGACAAGAGGAAGGACAGCGCGGACAAGUCCCUCGAGGCAUACAAGGCUGCCUCCGACGUUGCCGUUACCGAGCUUCCUCCCACCCACCCGAUCCGUCUCGGUCUGGCACUCAACUUCUCCGUCUUCUACUACGAGAUCCUCAACAGCCCUGACCGCGCCUGCCACCUCGCCAAGCAAGCCUUCGAUGACGCUAUCGCUGAGCUUGACACUCUGUCCGAGGAGAGCUACAAGGACUCGAGUGAGUUCUGUGCUUUGCUUACAGCAGUGCGACUGGCUCAAAUGCAGCGCGUGGCUUGAAUGGGCCUUGUAGACUGACCAAGGUGCACCUACCUUCUCACAGCUCUUAUCAUGCAACUCUUGCGUGACAACCUUACCCUCUGGACAAGCGACGUGAGCCUUCUUGAUUACAUGAUGUCUUCUCUCCAGUGCGGCUGACGUUCAAUUUCUCCCACGCAGAUGGCCGAUGCUGCUGCCCCCGAAGGUGCGGCUGCGCCCGAGAAGGUAGAGGACAAGCCCGCCGAGGCAGGCGAGGCCUGA